UUUCUAAUUGCAUUAUUAUAAUAAUAUAAUUAAUUAUAUUGUAUUUGCUACGUCAAAAUGAUGAUCAAUAACAAUGUUUCGUAAAUUUAGAAUUAGUGAUGCCUAAAUUCAAUUUUAAGCCGAAAAACAGAUUGACAUUUGAUAAGCAUGCGCGCAUGCGCAGAUGUCACCGGUCCUAUAGUUAUGUUGACUUCAACUCAUUCUAUAGGUGUGAUAUGCGAUGAUUCUAUCCAUUGUAUAUGAUCUAAGUAUUUAACUAUUUUAAUUUAAAUUUAGCAAUAUAUAAAACUAUUAUAAUAAAAAUGAUAUUAAGGUUUUAUCUAUUUUAUCACAUUUUGAUAGCUGCAAAAAAGGGGCUAAAAGUAGGCAAAAUUAUAUACGGACACAACAAAUUUUUUCCUGGGAAGAUUCAUUCGUAUUUUGUAUUACAAUCAAUUGAUUACAGCUAUGUUAUCAGUGUUUUCAUUAUUAGUAUUGAUAAACGCACCGUGGAAUGGGUUAUAUAAAAAUUCAAAAAUUUUAUGUUUUCAAAAUGCUGCUUGUGGACAAUCUUUUUCAUUUUUUUUUCACUUUCGUUGUCUAUAAAUAUAUAUUAAACUAAUCGAAAAAAAAUCGAGAAUGGCAGUUAUACAAGACAACAAAAAUGACAAAAAUUUGUCUAACCACUUAUUGCUUUUGAAUAGAGUAGAUAUUAAAAAUAUACUAAAUUUACCUCUAAAAGCCACUCAAAGAGUAAAAUACACUUGUUUUGAAGUAUCCCAACAUUUUAUAAUUUUUGGAGCUUCCAGUGGUGGAUUAUAUGUAUUUCGCAGACAACCUUGUGAAUUUAUACAACUACUUCCAAAUAAAGAAGGAUCUGUAACCCAAGUUGCUGUGUCCAAAGAUGAAGAUCUUAUUGCAUUUGGUACUCAAAAAGGGAUAGUGUGUAUAUUGCAGAGAAAUGAAAAUGGGGUGGGUGCAAAGCUGUUAAAUAAGUCUACUGAACAUUUAGGACGUGAAAUUACUGCUAUGGAAUGGACUUCAAAACAUCAAUUAUAUUUUGGUGACUGUAAUGGAAAAGUAACAUCAAUUUAUGUAACACUAUUUGUCCGAAAAGCCAUCUUUCAAACCCCACCAUAUACCAUGAUUGAGCUGGAUUCAAAAGUAAUUCAAAUAGAUAGCUCAGAUGACUUACUAGUAAUUUCAACUUUAACAAGAUGCUAUGUUUGUGAUAUGACAAAAGAACAAUUUAAACAAAUUGGACAAAAACCUAGAGAUGGUGAUUAUGGCUGCUGUAUUGUUGCAUGGAAUGAGAAGAAAAUAUUUUCAGCUCGACCUGGCUCAAGGAUAUGGGAAGUAGAAUUAAAUGGUAUUGUAAGAAGUACACAUCAACUGAAGUAUUGUUUAGCUAUUCCACCAACACUUAAUAUUUGUGCUCAAGAACCUUUGGAUCUGUCUAGAACUUCUAGUAAAAAUUGGCCACCUCAAUCACUUAAUUUUAAAAAAUUGUAUAAAAUUUGGGAAAACUGUUUACUUACUUAUACAUCAAAUGGUAUAUUUAUACUGGAUAUGUUAAAAAUUAAUGUACUGUUGUGGUAUGAUGGAUAUAAUGAUAUACAAAAUGUCAAGUACAUUGAAGAUAGCGUAUAUAUUUGGUCUAAGGGUGAACUGAUUGUUGAAAAGAUAAUUCCUCUCCAGAACUUUUUGGUUAGAUGUUAUGAAUGUGGAGAUUAUCUGAAGUGCAUUACCUUAAUUGAACAUUAUUUUGAUAGAAUAAUGGGCACAAAAUGUAUCAUUGAUGAAUUGUACCCUCUUAUUGAUAUCGAUAAAAAGAUAGACUUGCCAGUCAAUACAAACAUUUUGAUCUCAAAAAUUAAAAAGACUAAUUAUUUAAAACAGCAAUUUUUAAAGUUACCUUCUGGAAUUUACUCUUUGAAAAAUGAUGUGUACGUUAAAAAAAACUAUAGAUUACGAAGAAGUUAUAGUUUGUUUUCAAUUAAACCUGAUAAAUUUAUAUUACGUUCUAAGUCAAUGUUAAAUAUACAUAUAAAUUUAGAAAAAAUUAGAAAAACUCAAAACUAUUCAGAAAAUGAUUAUUCUAAACUAAAUGAUAAACACAUUUUUGAUCAGUUAUAUAUGGAACUAAACAUUCCUUCUAUACCAUUUGUGUCAUUGGCAACUUCUGAUGUUUUCCACGAUACACUAAUGGAAAUAGGAUCAAAUGUUACUAAUAAAAUUGCAAAAAGUAGUAAAACUCUAAAAGAUACGUUAAAUAAUUUAACUACUAGUACAGGUAAAAAUUAUUUGGUGCCUUAUGAAGUAACAGAUAGUAUUUGGCGACCUGUUCCUCAACCUGUUAAUGAAAAUGAAGUAGAUAUUUCCAGUUAUCAAUUGGAUCUUGAACAUCGUGAAAAACUUAAUUUACUUCCUAUUUUGAAUAUUUGUAAAAAACUUCAAAAUGGAUAUGAAUUAGAUGUUGAUUGUUUACAAGAGUUAGUUAUUGGUGUAUUGGAAGUAAAAUCCAAUCUAGAAAAUGUUUUACACAUAACACAAACAAGAUUUCCAUUUCAUCAGUAUUUAAAAGAAAAACAUUUAAAUACCAUUCAAAAAGCAGUAAAUGACAGUUUUUCUAACAAUUUAGUAAUUAAAUGGGCUGAUAUAUACGCUGAAGAUAUUUUGACUAUUGAUAAAUUUGAUUAUCCAGAAUUCUUUACAUACUUUUUAGCUGAAAGUGAUUUUAAAAGAGAUAUGAAACUUAGUGAAUUUAUUACAUUAUUUGUUCAAAUUAUAGAAAUUGGCAGUAUAUUUGAUUUUUUACAGAAUAAUAGCUUGAAAUGUUCAUAUGCAAUAUUUUGUAAGAUCUUAAAAAUGGACUCUAAUAACGAUGGAAAAACUGAAGUACCAUUAUUAAUGUACUUAAAUUCAAUGUAUGUAUUUUUGAAAUUAGAUCAAAUUGAAUCAUUUCGUAUACUUGGGUACAAAAGAAGUAUUAAACCAAUAUUUGUUUUUUAUUUAUUAAUGAAGUUUUCUCAAUUGAAGUUGAGUGAUCAUGUAAAAUGCCAUAAUAUUUUUUUAAAUUAUUUAUCACACUUUGGUGGAAGUCUUUUUGAUGAUUGCAGUGUUCUUUAUUAUACUAUUUAUAGUUUUGCUGUAAUAAACAACACGGCUAAUAUUUUAUGUAACUGUGGAUUUCCUUUGGGAAAUAUUGAUGGUAAAUUUAAAAAGCUAGGGAAAAUACUUAUUGAUUAUUUAUCUACAGCCGAUAAAAAUUUGGAGCAGUUGCAUAUAAUUUUACAUAAAUUUGAAACAUGUAAUUUCACCACUAAUACUCUAGAAGAUAUGAUUAAAUGUCUUUGCAAACAAGUACCUCAUUUUUGGUCUAUUGUUUUAGAAUCUGAUUUAAAAUUAAAUAGCUCCAAGUAUAUAAAAGUUAUUCUUUCUAUUCAUUUGGGUUUGGUAGAUCAAUUGAAUAUUCAUUUGAAUAACAAGAGUGAAAUGUUAUUUGAUAAAAUAUUUAUAUUAAAUCAUUAUUUCAAGAAUGGCUUGUGUUUAAAUUGUGGUAACAUUGGAGAAAAAAAUCAAGGAAUUACAUGGACCGAUUUAACUGCUUUAGCAUUUCAAUAUCUCAGUUUAGGAGAAAUAAAACAUUUGCUACAUAAACAUAGGAAUAAUAUACCGCGUGGAGAUAUUGACACUUGGUUUUACCAAAGCUUCAUUUUGACACAAUUAGUGGGUGUAACCUUGAAGAAUCCUUUGAUACAAAUGUUAAAACAUGAUAAUAAUAUAUCAGUAGUGAACAUAAAGAGUUACAAGAAUAUCUUGACUGCUUUGGAAGAAGAUAUGAGUCCAACUAUUCAAUUUAAAAAUCUAUAUUCUAAAAAAUCACACUGGGGUAUAAGAAUUGAUGUGAAAAGUGGUUAUUGUAUUUGGUGCUCAUUACCAUUGAAUUCUGAUCCAUUAAUUCGUGGUAAAAAUAAUGGACUCGUAUCAUUUAAAUGUGGACACUCUUUUCAUACUGUAUGCAUUCGCCAACAAAUAGAUAAUAUCCAAUGUGCAUUUUGUCAAAGAAAAUAAAUUUAAAAUAUGUAAAAUGAAAUACCACAGUAAGAUAUAAUUAUUUUUAAAAUAAGCUGUA